AUGGGAAUCAUGCAGGAAGCAAAAGCACUGGAAAUCCCCAUAAUUCCCAGUUGUAAUAUUUAUUUCAGAUUCCGAAGUUUAAGGACGUCAUCCAACCUGUUCAUCACCAAUCUAGCAGUUGCUGACCUCCUCAUGAGCUCAGUGGAUUUCCCUCUCUUUGUUGCCUCAAGCUACUCCUCCAAGUGGAUCUUUGGUUCUACAGUAUGCCUGAUGUAUGGAGCCACGACUGGUGCAGCUGGUUUGGUUACAAUUAACACUCUGGCUGCCAUAUCCCUGGACAGAUUUACAGCAGUGGUAACACGUCUGAACCCCCGUCAUGGGCUCUCGAAAACUAAGACAAUCAUAUGCAUUGUUCUCAUCUGGUUGUAUUCAGGGUUAUGGGCAUGCGCACCACUGUUUGGCUGGAGCAAGUACAUGCUCGAAGGAAUUGGAACAACGUGUACAUUUGACUAUCUGACCCAAACGUGGAAAAACCGAUCAUUUGUGUUGUCAAUCCUAGUGGGCAACUUUGUUCUUCCUCUCACUGUCAUCAUCUAUUCCUACACGAGAAUACUGACAGCCAUGGCGUCUAUACGAAGAGGGCUUCAAAGCCAUUCUGCAGAAAUAUCAAUAGGAACUCGCAGACAACGAUAUUUCUUUAAGGCCGAGGUGAAGACCACCAUCAUUGUUAUCGUCAUCAUCCUCUUCUUCUGUCUUUCUUGGAUGCCGUAUGUUAUCGUGGCUCUGAUUGGUCUGUUUGGUGAUCAAUCGGUCAUCACUCCGCUGACGGCAGUCAUUCCAAGUAUUGUGGCCAAAACGUCCACUGUAUCUAAUCCAAUCCUGUACUCAAUCAGUCAUCCUAAAGUGCGCAAGAGGAUCAAACGACUUUUCUCUUCAGUGUUCAGACAAGGUUCCCUGAGGAACUCAAAUAACAGCCCAUCACCAUCGCAGGAGGUUCCUCAGUUCUUUCUGUGAAUGCCAUAUGAAUAAAUGAGUGAGUGAGUGAAUGAAAUUUAUUUUACAGUAUAUUUUAAUAUUCUGCAUCAUGUCACAGCGUAGGAUACAAGGAUUUUGAAAUAAGGAACUUCCACUGGGGCUAACUUCUUGUUGCUGAAUGAAUCUUCAACAUUCCGUCAGGAUCCCGUUCCACAAAAAGAUUGAAGCACUGUCAUUACUUUUAUUUUCUGAAAAGAUAUUUGGACAGUUGAGGCUUGUGAAAUUACUUUUUGGAACGGGAGGGGACCCUUUGAACAAUUGGCUCAGAACAUUCAAACAUCGAACAAAUGCGAGUCACAACGAAUGUAUUUUUAUCAGGAUUAAUGCAGAUUUGAAAUUUGUCUUGCGCCACCAGGACAAUACUCUGGGGGUACAGAAACAGUGGGUAUGUCCCAUUCACAAAAUGCCUUUUAUUUGAUUCCAUGUGGGGACAUGGGGGUUUAUGAGUAAAUGUAUGGAAAUUCUGCAUUUCUAAUUGUGUCUACAAUUGUUUGCGGCUAUUCAUUUUUGAUAUGUCUUAUUCACAUUCCCGUUAUGUUGCUAGUUAUUCGGUUUUAUUCUACAGGAAAUUAAUAAAAUGUGUCAUAAAAUCUGCCAUUAUGAAAGGGAGAUACUGAAUACUCUACCGCGCUCCGCGGGGAUCCAACGAUAUUUAUGAACUAAGUACGGGAGGUAACUGCAUGUGAGGCAAAAACAGUAGUGAUACAUAUAAAAGUGGAACUAGUGAACGAAUAUUGCAUUUGACUGAGUAUUAAUUUUCCUUCUGAAUGUGUUUGUGAUAUAAUAUUCUGAAAAAUUAUUUUUCUCAUUGUAAUUUGUUUUAACUUAAAUUUGAAUAAACAAUGUAAUCUUAUUUGAGAUUUUAUUUCCUAAUUCAUAGCAAAUUAAAUCCGCAUUUUUUAAUCUCUUGAGCCUUUCUCAGCCUUCCGACGUUUACAGCUUGUUAAAUAUUUUGGGGAAAUUGUUAUUGUCAAUCUAAUCUGAUUAACAAAGAGUUUGUUCAAAAGUUUUCUUGUAGUGUACUCAAAUGAAAAAU